AUGGAUUUAGUUAACCAUUUAACCGAUCGUUUGUUGUUUGCAGUUCCAAAGAAAGGAAGAUUGUAUGAGAAAUGUUGUCAGCUCCUUGGUGGUGCUGAUAUCCAAUUCAGAAGGUCGCCGAGGUUGGAUAUUGCCCUCUCGACCAACUUGCCAAUUGCCUUGAUUUUCUUGCCAGCAGCAGAUAUCCCAGUCUUUGUCGGAGAGGGUAAUUGUGACUUGGGAAUAACUGGAUUAGAUCAGGUUAUGGAAUCGGAUCAAUUUGAAAAUAUUGAGGAUUUAUUGGAUUUGAAAUUUGGCACGUGUAAGCUCCAAAUUCAAGUUCCAGAGCAUGGAGAGUACAAAACCCCUGAGGACUUGAUUGGCAAAAAGAUUGUUUCAAGUUUCAGAAAAUUAUCCACUGAUUAUUUCGAGAGUUUGAAAGCAGAGGCCAAGAGUGAUGCCAACAUAAAUGUGAGAUACGUGGGAGGAUCAGUUGAAGCAUCUUGCGCUUUAGGUGUCGCCGAUGCAAUUGUGGAUUUGGUUGAAAGUGGAGAAACUAUGAAAGCCGCCGGAUUAAAGGCUAUUGGAACGAUUUUAACCACAUCCGCACACUUGUUUUCGUCGAGAAGACCAAGGUAUCCUGAACUUGUAAAUACUAUUAAGGAAAGAUUGGAAGGUGUUUUGGCAGCACAAGAGUUUGUAUUGUGCAAUUACAAUGCUCCAAAAACAAUUAUGGCUGAUUGCUUAAAGAUUACUCCAGGUAAGAGAGCCGCCACUGUGUCCACAUUGGAUAAACACUCACCCGAGGAAGAAGACUGGGUCGCCAUUUCAUCAAUGGUUUCAAAGAAAAGGAUUGGUAAUGUUAUGGAUGAUUUGAAGAAAGCCGGUGCUAGCGAUAUAUUAGUCUUGGAUAUCUCCAACUGUAGAGUAUAG